AUGUCCUACCAGCAGCAAGUGCAAGAACAAGGCCACGGAGGUCCCAAUAUCCUCUAUCCAACCUUGCCACUACCGCAGCAGUUCCCCUCUCAAGUGCCAUUCAAUGCCGGUAGUCAGAUCCUAAAUAACUACCAGUUGGAAGGGUAUCCUGGUGGAAGCCAAGUUCUUGCGCCGUCCCAGGAGCUGUAUCCACUAAAUCCCAGUCUUCAACAGCUUCUGAUGGCCCAAAACAGGCCACCCCCCCUCAACGGGGCUAGUUCGGCAAACUAUUCAUUCAACAUGAACCCUAAUAUGAAUGCGUUAACCCCUGAUGGCCGGAACAAGCCCAAAUUUUAUCAAUACCAGAAUAGCGACAUGAAGAUGAGCCCGGUGAACCAACAAAUCGGAUUCAUGCCUGAACAGCAAUGGAUCCCCAGAUCUGAAUCCAUGAGCGCCCCCAAGCCACAGGGCAUGGACCAAACCGCUCUUGGCACCAAUGAAGGGUUUCAGCCGUUAUCCUAUUUCGUCCCGCAAUCGCAAGCUCCGAUGACCAUCUCAGAACCUUUGAAUUCUAGUGUACAUAGAGGCAUGGCCCAUCCAGAUACGCAGCAUCAGGCCUAUCUUAGUACUCAAGUACCUCGCUACUUGAACCACCAGGCUGCGUACCAAGUCGAGGCGAAUGGCAAGAUUUUAGGCUACGCUCCUGACUCACUUCAGUACAUGCCAAACAACGGCCAGGGCUCUGCCGAGUUUAACAUGGCAGGUAUGUCAGGUUUCCAACAAGAUUUCCACUUGAAGCCUUUGGCCAACCGCAAGCGGGUUGCCACGUUGCCGCGUUCCAAGAAAGGCUGUUGGGUUUGUCGUAUCCGCCACCUCAAGUGUGACGAACAAAAGCCUAGUUGCAUGAGCUGUCUGAGAUUAGAUCUCGACUGCGAUUACAAUGAAGAGAGACCAAGUUAUGUUGUUGACAAGAAAGAAAAGACGGUAAAGUUGAAGGAGAUCUCCAAGAUAUGGAAAACCAAGGCCCACAAGAAGAAAUCUAGAAAGUAG